AUGAGUAAAGAAGCAAAAAAACAUUCAGAUAACAAAAAUUCAAUACAAAUAACUGAAGAAACAAAAAAACAGUUCGAACAAGAACGACCGAAAUCUUUGGAAUCAAUGAUGUUUGAUAUUGAACGACGACAAAAUGAAUUUGAACAUGAACAAAUUUCAUUAAAUGAAAAAGAUCAAUUCGUAUCUGAUAUGGGUGAUGGACAAGAAAAAUCACGAAAAACAUUUUAUCGAGAAUUUAAAAAAGUUAUUGAUGCAUCUGAUAUAAUUAUUGAAGUACUUGAUGCUCGUGAUCCACUUGGAUGUCGUUGUUCACAAGUUGAAGAAAUUGUUUUAACUUCAGGAAAAAAUAAAAAACUUAUUUUAUUACUGAAUAAAAUAGAUCUAAUUCCACGUGAUAAUCUUGAUAAAUGGUUAAAAUAUCUACGUAAUGAAUUUCCAACUAUUGCUUUUCGUUCAUCAACUCAAAAUCAACGUGAUCGAUUAGGUCAUGUUACAACAUCAAUUCAAGCUUGUGACGAACAUUUACUAAAAUCAUCAAAUAAAUGCAUUGGUGCAUCAACAUUAAUGAAUCUUCUUUCGAAUUAUUGUCGAAAAAAUGAUAUUAAAACAAGUAUUACUGUUGGAAUUGUUGGAUUUCCUAAUGUUGGAAAAAGUAGUGUUAUUAAUAGUCUUAAACGAACUCAAGUAUGUCAAACAGGUUCAAUGCCUGGAGUAACAAAACAAAUGCAAACAGUUAAAUUAGAUAAAUUAAUUAAAUUAUUUGAUAGUCCAGGUAUUGUUAUGUCAAAAGAAACAAAUCCAGCUAGUCUUAUUCUUCGUAAUUGUAUUCGAAUUGAGACUAUUGAGAAUACAUUACCAGCUAUUGAAUUAUUACUUCACCGAUGCACAAAAGAACAAGUAAAAUGUUCAGUUUUUCAUACCAUAGAUGAGCGUGUAUUGUAA